AUGGCAAUGCCGAAAAUAACACCCUAUGAGCUUCUUGGCGUAGCUAAGACAGACAUCAGUUCAGCAAUAAGUCUGGCCUAUCGUAGGUGUAUUCUAGAAUUAAAAAAAGAUCGAUUGAAACCAGUUGGGGAACGGACAAUAACCACCGACAAAUUUCGACUCAUAUGUCGUGCCUACGAAUUAUUGUGCAAUCAGGACGAACGAAAACAUUAUGAUCAAACAAAAGAAUGGAGAUGGUAUGUGCCUGUGGAAAAUUACACAUUGCAACAAUUAGUGGCUGAGCCUGAUCUGGCUCCCCUAUUGACAACACGAUUACAAAAUGCGACACUGAGACAAAUCAAUGCUCAGGAUUCUGUAACCGGACAUACGCCUCUCUAUUGUGCAGCACGUGCUUGUAACGUGGAAGCCGUCUCCUAUUUAACUGAACAAGGUGCAGAACCGGAUCUCAAACAACGAUUCGGCAGUACUGCGCUUCAUGUUGCUGCUUUCUAUGGACAUCCAGAAGUGGUUCGAUGUUUACUGGAAAGUGGAGCCGAUUAUUGCCAAUAUAAUGCAAAUAACCAUCUCGCUGAGGACGAAUCGUAUGAUGACGAUGUUAAACGUUGCUUUACCAAACUAAAACAGAAUCCAUACGUACAAGCAGCAGCAAAUCAGCUCGACUGGUUCAAGAAUAAUAUUGGGCAUAUUUCACAACAUGUUGAUUAUCAAUACUAUAGUCUACGUCAGACCCUAUUGCAUUGUGCAAGUAAAAAAGGUCAUAAAGAUCUUGUCCGAUGGCUGGUGAAAGAACGUGCCGCCAACCUGGACAUUGUUGAUAUCAAUUUGAAUUCUGCUUUACAUCUGGCAGCAUACGCAGGGCAUCACUCGAUCGUCAAAUAUCUUCUCGCACAUGGCGCUGAUACACUACUUAUCAAUAAAUGGGGCAUGACUGCUGAACAAGAAAGUUUAAUGCAUGGAAAAUCGAUGACAAAACACUUUCAAUCCAUGCGUGAUCACGAUAUGUUUAAAAUGGCGGCAGACGGCACCGAUUGGUGGUUUCGAUAUCAUUUCGGAGCUAAAUCACCCGAUGCCAUGAAUGACGCUGGUGUAAGUUUACUCUAUGUUGCCUGUCGCAAUGGUCGAAAGUCCGUAGCCAAAUGGCUUAUAAAAAAGGGUGCAGAUAUCAAUCUUCAAAUUCAAGACGAGUCGAAAAGCACACCUUUGCAUGCUGCAGCCUAUCAUAAUCAUGUAUCGACUGUUGCAUUACUUCUGAAUCAUGGUGCGAAUACGAAUAUUCGCAAUAAAUAUGGCUCUACAGCCCUCGAUGAUGCUCGAUCAGAUGCAGUGAAAAAACUCUUACGACAACACCGACAAAAUUUGACAGAGAAUAAAUGGAUUUCUGUGCAUCUCUUCGGAGAUGGUGCGAAAACCGGCAAUGAACCAUUAGCCAGAGUUCAACUACAUUGUGACGCUAAUUUUCAUGAUCUUCUGCAAUCUAUGCCUGAAGCAUUACGCAACAUAUAUCGAAAUUUCUCCAUGGCUCGGCGUCCAUUAAAUAGUGGCAGUGAUGAUAUUCAAGUAGUUUCAGCUGUGUGUCGUGCUCGAUGUGGAAAAACGAAAUUCAUCGACUUGCCACUCUGUAUUACCGCUCAUGAAUCACCGCGAUAUACACACAGUGGUCAUACGAUGAGUCCAGAACUUCCCUUUUAUAGUUUACGUGAGUUUCACAGUAGAUUUUCAUCAAAAUGUCAAACGGCAAAACUUACAAUUAAAGCUCAUAAACAUACGCCACAAAAAUUUACUUUGAACACUUUAUUGUUUACUUUUCCAGCAGAAUGUGUGCAGACGAAUCUCAUUAUUAAUGUGAGUUAUAUAUUUUCACCGGACAUUCAAUCAUUUGACUUGCCAGGAUGUGUCUAUCUUUUCAAAACUCAAUGUAAUCAAGAAGAAAAUCAACUCGAUGAAAUGCCCAUAGUAUCCUUAAUUAAUGAACCCAAUGCUCGAUUAUAUACUUGGGCACAGUCUUCAGCCUAUUGGUUUACUUCUGAUGAGAAAAAAACACUUUUACCUUCGAUUGGAAGUAUACAUGCGUUUGUAAAACAUAUAGAUGUUAUUCCCUCUUUACUCAGUCUGCCAGGUGACAUGUUUAUUCAGGGCGCACUUGGUAAACCAUUGGUAUCACGUCAAGAUCCAGUUGUUUGUUAUUGUUUAAAAGUUUGUGAGCACAACAAGAGUGUCUUUUCGAACAUCGCUUAUCAUGGAACAACGAUUGGUGUCAUUUGUUCGAUUCUUAUGGACGGAUUAGUGAUGCCAAGUACGGUAGUCUCGAGUGGAAUACGUGUUUGUCCACCGACCCAUCAUAUUCCUCGAGGUGCAUCUGCAUAUGGUAUCGACGAUUUUGCCAACGGUAUUUUCAUAAGUCCAAGUGUUCAUUACUGCUCGGAUCCGUGUUACGCUGUAACAUUCUCCCAUAAUGAUGAGCGUCUCAUUGCUGUACUGGAAUGCAGUGUCAAGAGCGGUUCCUAUGAAAGCUUUCCAUGUACAGUUCAAGAUUAUAAACCUCAUCCCAGCGAUAAUAUGCAAGCUAUCGAAUGGCGUCUCACCAAUCCUGCAGCCAUCGAAAUUAUCUCUGUCCUUUUCAUUCCAAUUAACAAAUCAAGAAGUAAAGCAGCAAUAUCACGAGCGAAGAAACUUGGCGUUGAUCCAAAUGAUAUGGCUUAA